AUGUAUACCGAAGUAAUACAAGAUUCAAUAUUUGAUUUACUUGAUAGUGAUAAACUUCGUUUUGCAUCAACAACAGCAUUAACUUUUUCACCAGAAGGACAAAAAAGAUUUCAUAGUGAAUUACAUGAUCUUAAAUCAAAAUUUAUUUUACGUCCUAUGGAAAUAUCAAAUAAUCCUGAAGUUAUUCGUCGAAUUGGUCUUAUCACAAUGAAUACAGCAUUAGAAGCUGAUAUUUAUGGAAAUGUUAAUUCAACACAUGUUCUUGGUUCAACAAUGAUGAAUGGAAUUGGUGGAAGUGGAGAUUUUACUAGAAAUGCUUAUAGAUCAAUAUUUAUGACGCCAUCAAUAGCUAAAGGUGGAAAAAUCUCGGCAUUUGUUCCAAUGGUAUCACCUGUUGAUCAUAAUGAACAUUCCGUUCAAAUAAUGGUUAGUGAACAAGGUUUAGCUGAUUUACGUGCUAAAAGUCCAAAAGAACGAGCUCGAUUAAUAAUUGAAAAAUGUGCUCAUCCAACGUAUAGAGAUGAAUUAAGAGAUUAUUUUCAACAUGCACAACGUGUUGCAUUUGGUCAACAUACACCACAUGAUCUCAAACAAGCUCUUUCAUGGCAUAUUAGAUUACAAGAAACUGGUUCAAUGCAUCCGGAUCAUCAAACAACAAAACAAACAAUUAGUAAACAUGCUGAAGAAACGGAACAUCAAAUCGAUCAAAGAAUAGCAAUUAAAAACUAA